AUGAUUGGUGUCUCUUGGCUCCUCGGGUUCCGGCAAGUAGGGCGUAUGAGGCAUGGGGUCGACAUGAAGUUCAUCGAUCUGCUACUCAUCGAUGGGCAUAAUUACCGAAUUUUUUGUGGUGCCAACUUUGCUAAUAAUUCUCAAUGUGCAGAGCAGUUUUUGUGGAAAGAUCUGGUGCUGACAGAAAGAAUCUCAUCAUCAGAUGUUGUGGUCACUUCUUGGAGGAGUAAAAGGAAUGCUUAUAAUUCAGUGUUGUACAGUUAUGGACAUGGCUUCUCAAGGUUUUGCAGCGAAACUCACCAAGUCCCAAGCCAAAAAAUAACAGAAGUUAUCAUUGACAUUGACAUUGUCGACACAGUAUCCCAAAAGCAAAAAAUAGCAAACCUCGUGAAGUUGGUGCGUUUCCAAACUAUGUCUUCAGCUUCUAAUGUGACCAGCAGGCUGAAAAGAGAAGAGAGUUCUAUGUUAAGCUUGAGGAGAAGACUCAUGCGAAAGAAGAGGAGAUUAAUAAUAUGCGAACCAAGUCCAAGGAAACACAAGAAGCUGAGCUUAAACUUCAAUGCUACACCCAUGCCUAGCUUCUCUCAGCCGCCUAAAACAGAGUUAAAGAAGAUACCACCAACAAGACCCAAAUCUCCAAAACUCGGGACAAAGAAGACUGAUUCUGAAGAAACUCAGAAGACCGCACGUGUCGCUAGGCUGAGCUUAGAUGACAAAGCCUCUAAAGAUAAGGGAACUGUGCCAACAGUUGAUCUCAAGAAGCCACCUUUGCGCAACGAGGUGAAACCUGAAAGAAAGAAAGUUGAAAAAGAUGGAGAAGCCCUGAAACAGUUUUCAAAUCCCAUAGAUGAGGAAGCACAAGGGACUGUAUCAUCGUCCAAUGUCGAUGCAGAAAAUUCACAUGAGAUUGUAUCUUCACGGAGGGAUGAAGAAAGAGUUGAGUCCAUUUGA